AUAAUGUCGCUGGGCGCAGCAGAAGCUUUCAUCAACCCCGUAGAUCUGGCUGCCUACCCCAACUACCUAAUUGUUAAUCCCUACCUGGUAGAUCUCCUCUUCAUUCGUGAACGACUGCACAAUCUCUUUUAUCGGUAA